UAAUAUGUAUUUUGUCCAAAAUAUGAAAAAUAAAAACUCCAACAUUUAAAUAAUAUACUGUGUCAUAUAAAUCCUAUCUCUGCUUAUAAAUCAUAAAAUAAAAUAAAAUUAGAAUAGCUUACUACUAUCAUCUAAGUUAUUAGGCUAGGGAGUGACUAUAUACUUGCGGCAGUGUGGCUGUGACAAAGUCUAGUGUCCACGAAUAGCAAUUGUCUUACAAUUAUAAUAGUCAGUCCAGAACUGUGACUACCUUCUGAUUAAUACUAGGUCUUCUACUCGUAUUUAUACAAGCCCUAGCAAUGAUGUGUAUGGCUUAGUGUUUUUGAUAAAAAUACACAUCUGUAAAACGGUGGUAUGAUCUCAUUAAAAAAAAAUGUUUAUUAUGGAAAUCUCCUAUGGUGUUUCCACUGUGUAUAGUUAAAUGUUCUAUUUUUAGUGGAAACAUGUUUUUUUGUCCUUUGCCAUUUUCUAUCAAAUCUGGGAUUAAAAAUAUAUCUUAUUAAAACAUGUUAGAUGUUCUAAAAUAUAGUAUAAUUCAAUAUAUACUAUAUUGGGUUUCCUACAGGCACCAUACUAACAUUAGUGAUUCUAAAAUUCAAAUGAUGUGUCAUAGUCAAAGAUAAAGCAGUAGUAGAUAAUAGAUAUUCCUGUCAUCAAUCAAAUUGGAGCUAGUUUUCACUAAACACUAUUAGAUCUGCUAAAUACUCAUGGUUUUCAUCAAACUUAUUAAAUCAGCACACAAUGCAAAUUGAAACAAUUACCUAAUAAGAAUCUUUUAACAUUGGAAUCAAUAGAUUCAAAUGCAAGGUGGGAACUACCAAAUGGUACACUGUUAAUGAUGAAGAUAUGCAUUAAUUCACAUUACAACUUUUAGGAAAAUAACCAACAAUUACAACACCAUCUAGUCAAUAUACCAAUUCUAUGACAUCAGACAUUCUGUGCUUCGUAAAAGGGCAGAAGUCGAGACUCUAAAAGCAGAGCAGUUUGGUUUAUGAACCGAAAGCAAAAAUGCUGUUUGUCAUGUCUGGCGUUACCGGCGUUUAAUGUUAUCAUCUUCAAUACAGUAAUGCCACUGUAACAUUACGAAUUAUUGUGACACCUGCAUUUUGAACCCCUACCUAACCACCACCUCCGAGUUGGUGAUUGCGAAAACACCGGUUCUCGAUCAAACGACAAACGCGCAUUGGCCAGACGAGCUGCAUCGCCUCCACCGGCUCCACCUCCUUGUUUUUGCGCCGGAACAACGUUUUUUUGCAUUUCCGCAUUUUAGUAUUUUACAGAAGCGAAAGACGUUUAGUUAAUAUAUAUUUUCUCGUCCGUUCGACGUUGGUCGAUUACCAACAUUAACAUUAUUUCAAUUAUCCGAAAUGAAGAACAUCUAUGGAGUCUUCGUGCUGUGCAUCAACUUCGUUUAUUCCCAGAGGACGCCAAUUAUAUCACACAUUACACAAAAAAGUAUAAAAGAUAUUGGUGGAACAACUGAAUUGAAAUGUACAGUCUUAUAUGCUGCAGAUUUCAGUGUUUUAUGGGUUAAGGUCGACAAAGAAAGAUUUACUGAACCUGUUACAUUUUCAAGUGGAAGUUCACUUAUCAUUAGAGAUUCAAGAUUAUCAUUAACACAAGACACAGAUAGCAAUAGUUACACAUUACAGAUUAAUGAUAUCCAAGAAACUGAUGCGGGCUUCUAUCGCUGUGAAGUGAUGCUUGGGUUAACUAAUAAAAUUACAGCUGAUACAGAGUUAGUAGUACGUAGACGUCCAUUUAUUUCUGACAACUCAACUAGAUCGUUAAUUGUAAAUGAGGGUCAAUCAGUGAAAUUGGAAUGUUAUGCCGGUGGAUAUCCUAGUCCAAUAAUUUCCUGGAGGCGAGCGAACAAUGCAAUUUUAGCCAAUGGUGUAUCGAUAUAUAGAGGUAACAUUUUGGAGAUUCCUGUUAUUACCAAAGAAGAUCGUGGAACAUAUUACUGUGUUGCUGAAAAUGGUGUUGGUAAAGGUGCCAGGCGUAAUAUUGCUUUAGAGGUUGAAUUUGCUCCAGUCAUAACAGUUCCUAAACGUCGUUUGGGACAAGCUUUACAAUAUGAUAUGGAUCUUGAGUGCCAUGUCGAGGCAUAUCCUCCACCAGCUAUCAUUUGGUUAAACAAUGGAGUACAACUAUCCAAUAAUCAACAUUACAGAAUAUCACAUUUUGCUACCACAGAUGAAAUAACAGACUCUACCAUACGAAUCAUCACAAUUGAAAACCGUCAAUAUGGGGAUUAUAUAUGCAAAGCAUCAAAUGUAUUAGGAACUGCUGAAGUUACAGUUACUGUUUAUGAAACUAUAAUACCGGUAUGCCCACCAGCCUGUGGCCAACUAUCAUCACACUUAAAAAACUCUACUAUCAAAAUGUCAAGUGCUAAUGUUUGGUUCUUAAUUACUGUUUACUUAUUUUUUGUUUACCUUAGUUUUUAAAUUAUUUUACUAUUUAAAAACUGUUAAUUAGUGACUUUAAACCAAAAUUAUUGCUCAAUUUUUCCCUACAUAUAUUUGGUUUACUUUUAUUUUUAGAUUAAAUAAAUGCCCUAAACUUA